AUGCUCUUCAGAAGAGUAGGCACAGCCUGGUUAGGCUGCAGUUACCUGACAUCUUCAUCAUGGCCUUUUGCAGGGGAAGCCCAGCACUUCUGGUCAGAACCCUCCCUCUGCAAGAGUCUGAGGGACACUGUGCCCCUAGACCCUGGAUUGUCUUCUAUUAUGACCAUCAGCUUUCCUCUUCCUCUGAAUAUAGUGCGUGGGAGGGAGACACUGAUGGCAACUAAGACUUGUCUUCCUGGUUCAGGUAACCUGGAGUCUGUUAAAUUGAGGAGGGGGAGUCACAAGGAACAGCCUGUCCUUGGUAAAUCAGUGAUUCUUCAAUCUGGUGGGUGA